AUGAGGGUCAUGGAGGGAGAGGUUUCCCACCCUUAGCCACUGGGAUUGUUCAGGGGGGACUGAUGCUCCAUUGCGAGGAGACUUGCACAGGGGCCUGUCAAGACUGAGGAUUGAUUGGACCAAGUUGGGGAGAGUUCCAAGAGGCUCUGAGCCAGAUUCCUACAUGGGAUGAUGUGGAUGGAGGGAAUCGGGGAAGCCGAGGACCAGGGGAUGGACCAAUAAGGAAAAAAACCCUGCACACCCUGCAGUCUGGGUCUCAGAAGUCUGGAAUUGCAAUGGAAAAUGCUUGUUUGCCAGGCUAGGAGAUGGAUGUCUUGGCAAUUUAUGGAGGAAAUCCUUGAAAGUCUAAGCAUGUUGGGGAGAAAGAAUGUAGGAUGAACAACAGAAUAUUGCAGUCCUCAUUAAUACUUUAUGAAAUUUUCUAGAUUACUUAAGGUAGAUAUUGCUUCAAAAGAGAUAUCACUAAACAAGACGGAUAAGUUAAUACCCGAAAUAUUUCUUCAACACCCAAAUUUUACCAUGGAUACUCCUGAUAAUAACCUCAUGCUCAUCAAGCUGAAUGUUCCUCUAAAGCUCAAGCAGGUUAGCCUGGCAGUUCUGCCUGACACCAUGGAUGAUAGAGAAGGAGAGAAGUGCACUGUCUUUGCCUGGGGCUGGUCUGAGUGGAACUAUCUCACAGGCCUUGAACCCGAUAUACAGAUGAACAGAAAUGUCUUCUUUCUCCCAAAUGCAUUGUGCCAAGCAAUUGAAAAAUCAGUGACAAUUCAAAUGACAAAAAAAAUGUUCUGUGCAGGAUCAAAUAUCAACACCAUAAGUCUAUGUAAGGAAAUGAGUGCUGCCCCAAUCCUGUGCCAAAAUCAGCUCUAUGGCAUCCUGUCCUGGUCGAAAGGGUGUGCUCUGAGAGGUGAUGUUGGCUACUACACCAAGAUCUCCCACUACACAGACUGGAUCCUCAAUGUCAUCAGAACCUACUGAGCUUCUCUAUUCCAUAUCCUAGGGGCAAGACUGGGUCUAUCGCCUUUGGUCUUUCCUUUCCUUGCAGCCUCCGAACAAGAUGGAAAUGGAAUCUUUGGCUCCAAGGGAUUUGUCUUUAUUCUUUUCUCUUGAUUCAAUCCAGCCCAGAUGGUCAUCAAAGGACUUGAGCUGGAUAGUGUCUCAUAAAUGCUUAACUUGUCACUACUCUUUUCUUCUCCUCCUUCAAAGUCCUACUCACCAGCCUUGGUUUCCUCAAACUGAUCUAGACUGUUCUCUUCCCACCACCCUCCAGAAACAUAUGGGACUGGGAUGUGACAGCCAGAUGUGGGCACCUCAAGGUCACUCUUUGGUCUGACAUCACUUAGUGCGGAGUCAGGCUUCAGCCUGACCUUCUCCCCCGCCAUAGGUGAUAAGGCUGAAGAAAAUGCUGGUAAGCUAAAUGGGCUGCUGGCAAUGUAAUUAUGAAAAAUGGAGAUGAAAUUUUCAUGACAGCAAGAACUAUUCUGGUUUUUAAAAUGUCUGGAGGGCCUCUCUGGUGGUGUAGUGGGUUGAGCACCGAGCUGUGACGCUGUCCGCGGCCGGCCUUGGAGAUACCCACAUGGCGCAGCAGACCUCUCCUGUCUUGCCCACUGCUCCGCCUAGCAGUGUAUUUCAGUCAGUCUGCCUGUUCUGUUCCCUGCUCUCUCUCUGAUGAAUCCUCUCACCCUCCCGCACAGCUGGCCUGUACACUGGU